AUGGCCUCUCACCCUCAAGUGAUCACGGUCCAGCCCCAGUUUUUGACUACCCAGCAGGCAGGCGAGUGGCAGACAGGGCUGCUGGACUGCUGCUCUGACUGUGGCGUGUGUAUUUGUGGAGCCUUCUGCUUCCCCUGCCUGAGCUGCCAAGUGGCCACUGCCAUGGACGAGUGCUGCCUGUGCGGCGCCACCGUGGCCAUGAGGACUCUCUACCGCACCAAAUACAAAAUCCCGGGCUCCAUUCUGAAUGAUGCAUGUGCCCUUGCGUGUUUGCCCAUGUGCACGCUCUGCCAGCUGAAGAGAGAUAUCAAACGGAGGAAGGAGCUGGGCAUAUUCUGGUGA